UGAAUUUUAAUACUACUCAAAAUAAAAACUUGAAGAGCUCUUCAGAAAGCAUGAUUUAUGACAAAACUAUAAAUCCUGAUAUAUUUAAAGGAGUGAAGCUUCCUAUUAUUUUCAUGGAGGAAAGCAAAGUUCCUCUUCCGAUAUUAUGCCAGCCUCUAGGGCCAAUCACAGGACCAAAUUCUGUUGAUGUGUCACCAGAAUCCUUUUGGGGCUUAAAUAACUCACAAAUUUUCACGACUGAUUUGAAUGAUGAGGUUGAAAGCCUUCUUGCAGAGACCCAAAGAAGACAUAUUAAGCAUAUUAAUGAAACCCAAAGAUCACUACUGAAUUAUCAUAAGAAGAUGGGGAAAGGAGUUUUUAGUGUUAAUGACUCUGAAUUGAUUCGUCUGGAUAUCUCUUCGAAUAGAUCUUUGCAUGAUGAAUCCUUAGAAGGAAUUACAAAAGGAAGCCUGGGCAAUCUUUCAGUAGACUCUUCUAAUUGUGAAUCUUCCCUAAAGGGUAAAUGUAUUGAUGAGAAAGCUGGCAUCUUAAAGGACUAUAAAUGUUCUAUUUCAUACGCUUCGACUGGCAAUAUAAAGAGAACAAAGAGGGUGAUUCAUUGAAAAUAUCCUCACUGUGAUAGAACCUUCCAUAAAACAUGGAACUUCAUUGAUCACGCAAGAAUGCAUCUUGGCAUCAGACCUUUUAAAUGAAACUACUGUGAUGCCAAGUUUACACAAAAAUGAAAUUUGAAGAAGCAUUUACUCAGACAUCUGAAAUAAUCCUAAAAUAUCAUUUUCUAACAAAAGUUAUAAAAAAUUUCCUUUGUUGCAUCAUUUGGGACUUAAACGUACUUUAAAAGUGAUUACACAUUUCGCAACUCCAUUGGAAAAAUCCAGAGGGAGGAAUAAAGAUUUAUUUUCUGACAAAAACAAUCAGCCCAGUCCUUCAUAAACUCGAGAAUAGUCAUUUUUAGCUAUUAAUUAUCUGAGUUCUGAUAUUUUCUUUAAUCUAUUGUAAAACUGAUUGUAGUUACAAAAUUUUAACUUUGGAACUGAUGGUUGCGAAAGCCGAGUUAUAUCACGCUCUGAAGUUUAAACACCACUGCUUCUUAGAAGAUAAAAACAAUACUUUAUGUUGGACUCAGCUAGAUCAGGUAUGCUAUCGAAUUGAUCAGAAAUUUUUGUAUAAUCAAAAGUCCUAAAUGCUCACUCUUUUGUUAGGGAAGUUUACAUGAUACUAUUUCUGACCGUUGACUGU